AUGAUAAAGUAGCAUUCCGAUCGGUGUUUCCAUCUUCAACCUGAGUAAAUCUACAAUUUUCCGUCGCCAAAUCUCUCUAAACAAUGGCCGGACGAGGGAAAACCCUAGGAUCUGGAGCGGCAAAGAAGGCUACUUCAAGAAGCAGCAAAGCCGGCCUUCAAUUUCCCGUUGGUCGUAUCGCUCGUUUUCUUAAAGCCGGUAAGUAUGCCGAGCGUGUGGGUGCCGGAGCUCCUGUCUAUCUCGCUGCCGUCCUUGAAUACCUCGCCGCUGAGGUCCUUGAAUUGGCUGGCAACGCAGCAAGGGACAACAAGAAAACUAGAAUCGUUCCGAGACAUAUCCAAUUAGCGGUGAGGAAUGAUGAAGAAUUGAGCAAGCUUCUUGGCGACGUCACCAUUGCUAAUGGUGGUGUUAUGCCCAACAUUCACAACCUUUUGCUCCCGAAGAAGGUUGGUGGUUCUUCAAAGCCGUCCGCUGACGAAGAUUAGGGAUACGAGAUGGACGGGGAUUGCGAAUCGUAUUGAACUACAUUCUGUUUGUGUCUGUUAGGGUUUCAAAUUACGGUCUUUUUUGGUUCAAUUUGUGUUUGUAGGAGUUGUAUUAGAGAUAGGGUUCCAAACUUCCAAUCAACUAAUGUGUAUAUCUGUCAUUUUAGUGCGACAUUCUAAGCUUCUUCAUAAUGAAUAUCAGUUCUAUUACUACA